AUGACAAAGGUGGAUCAGCUUGGCAUACAAACUGUUAUCAAUAAAGAAGAAUUCGCAAGCAAUGUUGUAGUUAAAGAUUGUCCUGUAGUGGGCCGUUCUCUGGUAGCAAAUCGACCCCUUGUGCCUGGCGAUGUGGUCCUUGUGGAGGAGCCACUGAUCAAAUACGAUCUCAAGCCAACCUGUCGUUCGACCAAAUCACCCUACUAUUCCAAAAAGCUAUGGAAUAUGCUCAAUGCAAUGGUGCAUGACGAAGAAGAGGAUAAAUUCCAGCAGCAGCAUCAAUUGGGACAAGAGACAGAGGCGAAUGAGGAUGGUUGCCAUGACAACGACGACGACGACGACGACGAUGAUUUAUAUGGCUAUAGCAGCGAUGGCUCGGAUGAGGAUGAGGAAGAAGAGGAAGAAGAAGAAAUCAACCCUGAUUCAGACUUUUGCCCUGGUGUGCCUGCAGCCAUUAUUGCCUAUUUGGACAUUCAUCCACCCACCAAACAAUUCUCAAAUGUCAGAAACCGCAAAGAGUACAAAAGAGAUGAUUUCGACUUUUUCUAUUACCCCAAUUCAGAUAUUGAGCCCUUUUGGCUGGAUCAUAAAACAAUCAAGCUUAUUCAUACAGUGACUCAGAAGGUAGCCGACACUAUCCCUUUGUAUUCGCAUGUCGACCCCUACGAUCUUCGUAGUUUUGUGCUCAAGAUUUACUCCAACGCACACACGGUAGCACUGCCCAGAAGCAGAACCAUGCCUACACAUUCCUCCAAAAAGGCCCGCAGAGAACGGUACAAGGCCAAGUUUGGAGAUAAUGCUACUUACUGGGGAGAAGAUGCUGUCGAUCCACCAAGCACGCCCACCAUUGCCUUGUUACGCUGGGGAUCCAAGUUUGCUCAUUCUUGCUCACCCAACAUGUUUUUACGUUUUGAACCUGACCGGAAUGCUAUGGUGUUUACUGUUACUCGCGCAUUGAAAGAGGGUGACGUACUGUCGUUUUCCUAUCUUCCUGAGGAUGAUUCCACUGUUGGUGGUCUCGUACUGGGCAACACAGCAGACCGCAGAGCCAAGCUGCAAAAGUUCAAGUUUUUCGAGUGUUCUUGCGAGCGUUGUGUGGAUUGGGACUGGUCCAGAGGUGUCUCCUGUAAUGCUUGUCAACAACCUACUAGUUUCCGCAAUGAUCAACAUGUUUGGACCUGUUUCUCUUGCAAGGCACAGUUCAAGGAUGACGAAGCUACUUUUAUCGGCGAGCGUGAAAAUAAUGUACAGCGUAUGAUUAUGGGGUUUGUGGCUCGUAUUCAUGGCCAUCGUCGCAUGAAUGAAGGCAUGAUGCGUAUGCUGGAACCCUAUCUCUUGGACUUAUUGAACCCUGCUCCUGAAAAGAACGAAGUAGCUGUGCCCAAGAACCAUUGGACCUAUGGUGUAAUUCAUUCCUUGUUGGCUUCCUACCAUUUAACGCUGUUUCCUCAAUCAUUUGGUAAGGGUUUGGCUGCUCAAUUAGGUUUGACUGUACAAGGUUUAGAAGAAGCUUUGGUGUAUAUUGAAUUCUUGAACAACACAAUCCGUACACAUCCCACAUCUAUCAAUCAAAAUGCGUCCCAUGGUAAUUUGAUGGCUGCAUUCUUUGCUGGUUGGCGCAUCUUGACUUUGGUCAUCGAUCUUGUCAUGGACAGCACUGAAAACAAAUAUGCCAAUGUUGUCUAUGAAAGAGACUCUGACGACGACAAUUCUGAUGUGGAUACAGACGAGGAUGACCAAAAGAUAGAGGCUCCUGUUUCUGUUCCAACUGAGGGUGAUGGCAAGACAGAACCUGCUCUGAUUCCACUCAAUCAAGGGUGGACUGCUCCACUUAUCAAGAUAUCAGAGAUCGCCAACAACGAAUGGAUACCCUUGGUGGAACAAGUUUUCACAUCUCAUCAAUCAGUUGUUGUGCAAGACAUGAUUGCACAAAUCAAGGCAUUUGCUGACAGAAUUGAAAAGACGACUCGUUCAUCAACAUCCACAACAGAAACGCAAUAA